AUGGCAGACCAAGGUUCUUUUGUCGUUCACGUCAGCGCAGACUGGACUCGUGAUUUGAUAGGGCUGUUCGAGGCUCUGGAACCAGGUCACUCACCUACUCGACUACUAUGUAAGGGCACCAAAGCAUUCUUCUUUCCACAAUGUCAGCUGCCGGGCCAAGCUGCCAUCGUCUUCCCUUACAGAAUACCGGGCAGAGGUGGUGCCGAACCUGACCUGAGAUUCGGUCCCGAACUCAUGCUUCCUCGUUCCAAGUUUCUCUCUAGUAAAGCUGUAAUGAACAACUUGUCGUGUGGUCAUGUACCUAAAGCAAACCCUAGUUAG